AUGCCGAAACUCGAGAUUUACACAUUGAAAGGGACAAUUUUGGACACGAUUCCCUGUUCUCCAGCUGAAACUGUCAAAGAAUUGGUGAGAAAUGCUCUGGAGUCCAAGAAACUUCGAAUUGAAGAGGCCAGAUGUCUAAAACAACGGGAAAAAGAUGGAAAUUGGGCUAAAAUCAGGUCGAGGGACAAGGUUCGGGAUGAGAAUGCUAUAUACAGGAUCACCAGAGAUCCGGAGAAGGUAUGAGAGCUUAGUAUUUUAGGGAAAAUGCAUAAAAUUUUAUAAAAAUGAUGUUUUGGAUGUGUCUGAAGCACCGAGUCCGAGUAAUUGACUACGAAGGCCGAGAACUUGCUCUUCUCCCCACGAAAUGCGGAAUGAUUGUUGGAAAUAUUGCCAAGGACGUGUGUUGUCAGCUGGGAGUUGAUCCGAAAUACGUUUAUUUGAUUGAAAAAGUCGAGAAUGGAAAAAUUUUGUCGGUAAAGGCGGAUUCGAAGGUGGAUUGGGACCAAAAAGUGAUCAUAACUCUGGACCUUGCUGAUAAUGUAAGCCGAAAUAUAGUUUUUCAGAUUGAUUGGGAUGUGAUUGAACUAAAAAUAAAGUUUGAUUUCAGGAGAGGUUCGUAAUCAAAAGGGGAGAGCCGAUUUUACCGAAGCGUCUCAGAAAGGUGACCCUAAAACAACUUUUGGUCGAUUACAAAAAUGUGAGUGGACAAUUUUACAUAAGAAUUUUAUAGGGAAUUGCGUGAAGCUCAAAUUUUGAUUAAAUUUAGCGUAGAUUUUGAUUAAAAAGCUUUGGUUUUUUAAGGUUUUUAUGUUAACGUUGCUAGAAGAUGAGGGAUGUUUUAUUUUUGGGAAGGAAAACUAGGGUUCGAGUUAAGAUUAUACUAGUCCGUUCGUAAAGUCGCUGAAGUGAUUUUGGCGACGUGCACUGUGCAGAAAAAGUCAGGGUGCGAGCGACAGCCCAAAAAAAAUUUAUUGCACGGUGCAAAAAUCAAGAGAUUGCACAAUGCGGAGCAAACUUUUGUUUUUGCACAGUGCAUGUCGCCGAAAUCACUCCAGCGACUUUAUGAACGGACGAUUACAGUGACAUACCCGAUCUUCUGGCAAAAAACGUUAUCAUCUUGCAUCCGGGAAACGUCAAAAAUGUGGCAAAAUGCUUCUCUCUCCAUGUGAAAAUCUUUGUCUUGAAGGGCGCGCUUUUGAAAUCGCAGUUUUUUCACUUGGAGAGGGAAGCAUUUUGCCACAUUUUUGAUACUUUCCGGAUGCAAAAUGGCACGUUUUUUCCACUGGAUCAUGUUUCCCACUGUAGUAAGCCUGAAUUUCGGUUUUCAAAAAUCGCCAAAAAAUAUAAAUUUUUUGAAAAUUUUUAGCCUGAAAAUCUAAUCUAUAUAAAUUUGUGCCAAGAUUCAUCAAAAUCUGAGCUCCAUACUUUCAGAACAUUUUAUAUUAGUUUAUACAACUUAUAACCAUUAUUUUUUCAGUCAAUUCCUCGAGCCAGCCGAUCGACCACAAAAUUUCUGGACGAUUUAGUGACCAAACUCGAAACUGGCGAAUCCCCAAACGAACCGGAGAAGAGAUUGAUCGCCAAAGCCUGUGCUCCCCCUCUGGAAAGACAUUCUUUGCAUCGAGGGUUGACUUGGAGAAGAGAGGCUCGACGUUAUCUGACCCAUCUCUUCAAACCUUAUCCUCAACUUCAAAUUGUAAGCAAGGAAGAGCACUGGGCUUUUUUGGUUAGCAAUUUAUUCAGAAACCGAUCGAGGAGGUCUUAGAUUUGAUAUCAAAAACGAGUCGCAGAGAUAUACAAAUAAUCUUGGUUUUAGAACGAGACCUUUUGGAAUUUUUUGCGAUAAAAAAUGAGAUUUUUUAAAUUUUUUUGAGACCUUUUGAGAUUCAAAAAAGGUCUCAAAAGGUAUCCCGAAAAGUUUUUUUUCAAUAGAAUCUCUUUUGGACUCACUGUGAUAACUUUUUCAUAUCAAAUUUUGGAUGACUUUUCGAUCAUAUUUUUUAGCAACGCGGGCGGAACUUUGCAUAUUAUAUUAUACUAGAAGCUCUCUCAUUUUCCCAAUUUUUAGCCUGAUUUUGUCUCCAAUUCUGGCGAUGCUGAAGAUCCAGGCUUCAUGAUGAGCAGAUUAAGACUUGACUACCGCCAAAAUGAUCUGAAACGACGAGAUUUACUGCUAAAUUUGAUUAAAAACUAA